GCACGACGAACUCUUCCUCUUUCCUCCGUUUACCGUUUCUUACCAGAAGAGAUAUGGGGGAAGCUGACACGUCUCCCACAGAAGAGAAACAUGAGGAUUCGGGGAUUAAUCCUGCCGAGGACUCUGUCACAUGGAGCCAAGAGGUGGAAGUGUGCCUUUUCCAUGCUAUGCUGGGACACAAGCCUGUAGGGGUUAAUCGUCAUUUUCACAUGAUUUGCAUUCGAGAUAAAUUCUGCCAAAAUAUUGGAAGACAAGUGUCCUCUAAAGUGAUCUGGGAUCAUCUCACUACCAUGUACGACAUGCAAGCUCUGGAUGAAUCUGAAAUAUUGCCUUUUCCCAACUUGGAGAAGAGUUUUGUUCUUCCGGAGGAAAUAAUUCAAGACGUGAAAGAAGGUAAACUGGGGCAGGAGGAGGAAGAGAUAGAGGACGCCGGAGAGGAGGGAGCCCUGUGUGCAUCAGCCAGAGAAGGGGAGGCAGGCGAUCCGGGGAACCAGCAUGCAUGCAGUUUAAUAGGCAGCACCUCCUCUGGGAAUGGCACGGACAGCCCCCCAACAAAAGAGGAGAAAGUCAGAGAGAGGGCUCCAAGUGAGAGUGGAUCAAAGGAGACUGCGGAGAAGCGGAAGAGGAACCGUUCCACGGAGAAAUUGCUCGGCUUGAACACCGACCCUUCCAGCCCCGGUGGAGCCAAGCGCCGCAGGAUAUAGCCACCAGGGGGUGCCCAUGAGCCAGCAAGGACUGGGAGCCACUCGCAUCAGGGUUUCGUAAGGCCAUGAGGGUAGCGAGGGGGACGGAGGAGCAAUAGAGGAUCACUGGAGAAAGUGACAUGUACAUUUCCUCUCAGAAGAAAAUGGACAGGACAAGUCAACUUCCAAAGCUUAAAAAACAAGGACGUUCCGUCCUAAGAUAGGCUGCCUGUUCUCACUUUCUGCCUUGAUGUAACAGCUUUUUGCCACUUUAAGUUACUUGGUCUUAUUUGCUGUCUAUUUCAAAUAGGGAUUUAGCCAAUGAGAUCCAGGCAGUAAGUGUACUGUGAGGGCCUGUGGCUACACAAUGCUAAUGGUUUGCAUUCUCUCUGACUAUGACAUCAUCCUCAGUGAAAUCACAAUAAAUCCUUCAGUAAAAUAUGUCAACUUGUCCUAUACUGAAUAAUGCCCCUCGGUUGGGAGUUAUAAAUGGGCAAAUGGACUUGACUUAUGGUUGCUUCUGCCCCUGCCAGUACACACACUUCAACUAAUUUCUGCAUUUUAAUGGACUGCUUGAAAAGUGAAUAAAAUAUUGAAAAUCCAGUUUGUUCAGGCUGACUGUUAGGUGCGUCUUGUGGUAACAGUCUUGGCUUAAACCUAAUGGCCUAUCACGACAUUGAGGAGAAUUGUAGGCGUGUAGAAUACUCAAAGUACGUGUUUUGUGAGUCUGCUUUUCUUUGCAAUGGUGCGCCUUCCCUGCAGUAGUUCUGAACUGUAGGUGUUGACUGGUAAAUACUGCUUCAUAUGAAUCAGCCUCUUUUUGUUUUUCAGUUUUUUUCUUUUUUUUUUUUGGCCCACGCAUAGGCUUAGUGUGACUGUUUGAAUUGGUACAUAGACAGCAGCAGCUUCUGGCCUUGUCUUUGGGGAUUCAUGAAAAAUCAGUGAUCUUUCCCACUUUAUUUCACAAAGCGUGCCACAGGAGUAGUAUAGCAGAAGCUGCAGUAUCUGUAGCUCUCAAUAAACACACACCUUUUCAUCAUCCAUUACAGGUUUCCAGAUGAUAACAAUGUUCAGUCAAAUCAAUUUGCUGAAUAUAACAGGACGGUUCUUUCACUGUCUGUGUGAUUCUUUUAGUGGGGGAAGUUGUCUUUUGCCAUUGCCAUUGUUUUUGCCAAAUUGUUCUCUGGUUGAAAAAAGUAUUUACAAUUUCUUUUUAUUUAUUCUGCAUACCAGAUGCUAUUUUUGACUAUUUGAUUAAAUUGCAUUUUUUGACAAAAUA